UUGGAACAACACUUCACUCGCCAGUUGACAAACUAAUCGAUAGUCGAUCUCUGCUCCCUCAACCUGACUGCCGACGUGAAAAGGUUGACUUGAAAAGACAAGAUGAAGACUCUGGCAAUUCUGAUCGCGAUGGCGGCAACACUGGCAACUUGUGAUACCCUAAGGUGCUUCAGCUGCAGCAGUUCUAAGGAAGAGUCCUGCGGAGAGUCUUUUAGAGCCAGUAGUACCAUUGGCUGUGACACCGCGUGCUUCAAGAGGAUAAGCACAGUGAACGUUCUCAUAGGGUCUGUCAUAACGUACUCGAGAGGCUGCCACGGCACAAAUCCAUAUUCCAUGACCUGCGACAAGAUUGGUGGUGGAAUUGCCGGAAUCGGCGCAGAUGAGGAGAAAUGCUACUGCAGCACCGAUUUGUGCAACUCCGCCUCAAACCUGCUGCCCUCUAUCGUCCAGAUCGUCAUGGUCGUGGCUGCUGCUUUUUUCUUCCAGAAGUUUUAGAAUGUGUCGCAAUAUUAUAUUUUGUAUUUAGGAGCGUGACUUAUAUACUAGUACAACAAAAACUGGAUUAUAAAAAUGUCAAACUGGAAAUAUAUUUCUGCGAGUAUUCUAGUCGGUAGCAUAUUGUGAGCUAUUUGUGGAGAUUCAUUAAUUGCAGAUUAACAUACUUAACACUUAAGGGACCGGUCUUUAUUUAAGUCAGAAGGGGCGGGGGUGGGGGGUGAAAGCGAAAAUACCUGUUAUCCAAACAAAUAAAAUUUGAGAUCACCCCUGAUAGCUGUCAAGUUUUUUUCUGCCC